AUGUAUUGUAUACGUCCUCCAGGGGGCGUCAUAACGGUUGUACUUGCGGUCGCAGUGAUAGCCAUCAUCGCCGACCAUGCGGCAGGGCAGCUGUCCACGUACCAGCUAACGACAUGCCCGGGCAAAACGACCUGCAGCCAGUGUAUCCAGACGACCAACUGCCGCUGGUGCACGAUGCCCAACUUUACCCAUCCGCGCUGUCACGGUCAGAUCGAAAAGUACUGCCCGGAAGAGUAUACCGUCGAUCCGAGCAACACGUUCCAGCUGCUACAGGGCCGGGAACUAACGAAACCGUCCCGGCGCUUGUUGGAGGGUCAAAGUGAACGCGAAUCGUACUACUCCUCGAGCCACUAUCAGUCAUCCUCAUCGUCCUCGUUUCACCAGUCAUCCUCAUCGUACGAAUCGGAAUCCGCUGCAGGAAGUAUCGUGCAGAUAUCACCGCAACGCGUUAGCCUAAAGCUACGAUUGAAUGAGGCAUUCCGGUUUAAUGUGAACUACGCACAAGCAGAAGAUUAUCCCGUCGAUCUCUACUAUCUGAUGGAUCUCUCCAAAUCGAUGGAAGACGAUAAGACGAUCCUGUCCACGCUGGGGGCCGAUCUUGCGUCCGAGAUGCGGAAAAUUACCAGCAACUUCAAGCUCGGUUUCGGUUCGUUCGUUGAUAAAGUGCUAAUGCCAUACGUGUCCACCGUGCCGAAAAAACUGGAGCAUCCGUGCGAUGGAUGCAAUGCACCGUACGGCUACCUACACCAUAUGUCGCUUAGUUCGGACUCCAAUCUCUUCACCCAUGAGGUCCAACGGGCUAACGUGUCGGGAAACUUGGACGCACCGGAAGGUGGUUUUGAUGCGAUCAUGCAAGCGAUCGUGUGCCGGGAACAGAUUGGAUGGCGGGAAAAGGCACGCCGCUUGCUGCUGUUCUCCACCGACGCCGGGUUUCAUUAUGCCGGGGACGGUAAGCUCGGUGGUGUGAUCACACCGAACGAUGGCGAAUGCCACCUGGACCAUAACGGACGGUACACCCAUUCGACCACGCAGGACUAUCCGAGCAUCUCGCAAAUCAACUUGAAGGUAAAGCAGAACGCGAUCAACGUGAUAUUUGCCGUGACGGCGGAGGAACUGUCCGUGUACGAGCAACUGUCCCAGCUGGUGGAAGGUUCGUCCGCGGCCAAACUGUCGAACGAUUCGUCCAAUAUCGUAUCGUUGGUACGCGACCAGUACAGUAAAAUUUCGUCAUCCGUCGAGAUGAAGGACAACCGGACGGACAAUGUGAUCGAUGUAAAGUAUUAUUCGCGCUGUCGCAACACGAACGCUGCGCUGCAGCAAACCAGCCGCUGCGAAGGUUUGAAGGUGGGCGACGUAGUGACGUUCGAGGCGCACAUUACGCUGCUGCAGUGUCCGAGCGAUCCGCGCGACUGGCACCAGGUGCUGCAGAUCUAUCCGGUCGGCAUUAACGAAAGUUUGACGGUCGAUAUCGAGAUGCUGUGCAGCUGCCCGUGCGAACAUCCAUCCGAUCCGGAGUAUCGUGAGCGGGCGGAUGAGUGCAGCAAUGCGGGCACGUACAAGUGCGGUAUAUGCGAGUGUGACGGCACGAACCAUGGGCAGCGGUGUGAAUGUUCCGCGCUGGAUAGUUUGCUCGAACCGGGCAUGGUCGAUGCGUGCCGAAUGUCUAACGCGAGCGAGGAGUGUAGCGGCCGCGGACAGUGCGUGUGCGGUGUGUGCGUAUGCGAACGGCGCCCGAACCCGGACGAGCUGAUCGAGGGACGGUACUGCGAGUGCGAUAACUUCUCCUGCGACCGGCCCGGUGGGCUGCUCUGCUCCGGCCCCGAUCACGGUCGAUGCGUCUGCGGGCAGUGCGAAUGUCGGGACGGCUGGACUGGACCGGCUUGCGAUUGUCGGGCAAGCAACGAAACGUGUAUGCCGCCCGGUGGUGGUGAACUCUGUUCCGGCCACGGUAAGUGUGAAUGCGGCACAUGCCGGUGCACCGUAACCGAGGACGGCCGCUACACUGGUCGAUACUGCGAAAAGUGUCCGACAUGUGCCGGACGGUGCAAUGAGUUUAAGCACUGCGUCCAGUGUCAACAGUACAAGACGGGCCCGCUAGCGACCGCGAAUGAGUGCGCAACGAACUGCACCCAGUUCGUACCGAUACCGGUGAAAAAGGUGGUGAUCGACGAAGAGCGCAACGAUAACAAAUGUACCUUCUUCGACGAGGACGACUGUCGGUUUGAAUUCUCCUACAACGAUAGCGACCAGGACAAGGUGGUGGUGACCGCGCAGGAAGAGCGUGACUGUCCGCCAAAGGUCUUUAUGCUCGGUAUCGCACUGGCUGUCAUUGCGGUGGUCGUACUGAUCGGCAUGGCCGUGCUUCUGCUGUGGAAGGUACUCACCUCCAUCCACGACCAACGUGAGUUUGCCCGGUUCGAGAAGGAGCGCAUGAUGGCCAAAUGGGACACGGGUGAAAAUCCUAUCUACAAGCAGGCGACAACAACGUUUAAAAAUCCUACGUACGCUGGCAAGUAA